AGGGUGAAAGUGAGAAAAUUCAAAUCAAAAGUCUACAGCUAAGAGUAAGAAGUCACUGUCACAUCUCUUAUCUCCUACUCAUAUCAAGUACAACAAGUUUCUCUUAAGUACGAUUAGUCGUUCAUCACCACGGUUUUUCAUUCUGUGUUUUCUGGAACCAAAAAUCUACAACACCUAGAUCGCUGCUUCUCAGAGAUACAGUGUUUCAUUCGAUCAAUAUUUGUAUUACCAGUAACAUUCAUUUUAGCAAGUAGCAGUCACAACUACACCAUGCCGAGCAACCAUCCUUCUGUGUGCGAUGUCAAGCUUCUGCCGCCUGACCAAGUUCGCUUCAGUCAAAACACUGUUGGAGCGAAUUUCAAGAAUGGUGGGUCUGUCCAGGAUCUCACCAACGCGGUUAGAAUUAAGGCUCCUCGUACAGAUCUGAAUCUGUGCUCCGUUCCUUCGGAGUCUCAAGCAAACAAGAAACAUCGAUCCUGGGAGGUGUCUUGAUUCAACGAAGCAAGGGAAAACCAUACGUUGUAAGACCAAGUCGAACAAGUUGGGAAUAGAGACCUACAUCCAUCGUGGUGAAGGUUUUUUCACCGGCAACCGGCUAUCAGUCUGUCUCUAACAAAAGCGGCAAAGUGAACCCGCAAUGUGACAUUCCUCCUAUCCGAGCCUUCGAGACGAAGAAGGGCAACUUGGUCACCCACGACAACCGCAGACUUAAAGUCUUCAAAGACGCAGGCGUGCCUCAAGUUCCAGUGUUGAUAACGAAAGACAAGGUUCCGGAUUUCAAGUUCACGACGGAGGACCAUGGAAAGUCAGUACAGACGGUAAAGCGGGGAGAUGGGAAAGGAGGUUGUAAUCCAAAAGGAACGCAUUCAAAGGGGAAUAAAGGUGGCGCUAGUUGUUCUACUAGCUGCAUCACAACUCUGGCAAAUGCACAAGUUAUGAACAAACGGAGGACACGCUUGUGGAGGAGGUCAAAAUUUAGGGAAAAUUAGGGGAUGUUAUGGCUCCCUGAUUUUCCCUAAAAUUCGUAUGUGGGGUUAAGCGUGUCCGUUUGUUUCUAAACAAGCAAAGGCUUCUCCUCUCUCUAACACAGCUGGAACAAUCUCGUCAUCUUCAACUUCCAGUUCCAUGUUUUCUUCAACUGCAUCGUCUAGUGCAGCUGCACCUUUCGGGGUGCACGACGCUUCCGUCUGCCACGAAACGUGGACACGUACGGUGAAGAUGGGCGACAAGGAAGUCACGGACAAGUAUGAACGAACGACGUAUUCCAAGUCUACAAACGGGAAUCAUGGCAAGAAAGGCGCUGUUGAUGUAGGUUCCGGCAAAGGCAACAAGUCAGCAGGAACAAAAGGACCAUACAUUAAGGGCACUUUUUGAUUUUGAGUUUGUUGAGGAGUUCUCCUCUGCGCGGAAGCAUUUAGUUUCACUCUCUUGAGUAAAAUAGUUUCUUGAAUUCUAAGGCCAAUGUGAUUGUUGAGGAGUUCUUCGUUUUCCUUAUCCUCUGUGAGGACCACGUGGAAUAUGGAUAUUUCUUUGAGCAGUUGCUCUUGUAAACAACUUGUUCGGGUGGCGGAUGAUACACCCGAGAGGUCAACACGCAGGUCGCGAUGAUUACGAAGUACCGAGAAAGAGUCUACCUCUAAUUAGAUGAAAAGUGUUGCUGAUGCUUCACGUCCACAAAAAGGAUCAGGUGCUACAAACAAGUCGGGAAAGGCGGGUCCUCAGGCGCAAAAAGGAUCAGGUGCUACAAACAAGUCGGGAAAGGCGGGUAAUGCCACGAGCUCCAAGACACCGAAUGUGGGCAAAGGUAACGGCAAAGGAGCAAAGCCCUCGAAUAACAAAAAAAACGGUGGCAGUGCUGGUAAACAAAAGCAUAGUGGUGGAAAAAACGCUACCAAAAAGAAAGGCUGAGAAUCAUGAAGAUGAGACAGCUGCGCGUGAACAAUUUUUAUAUCCAUAUCAGGACUGUGGAAAAAGAGAAAAACAUGACGAAGUAGAAGUUGGUCUGUUUUUAGACAAAAAUUAUGAAAAAUGAUUUUGAUUAUUUUCAUUGCCACGAACGACUGAACACAACUACUUAUGUCUAUGCUUUUGAUUUUCAUUGCCACGAACGAUUGAAGAAGACAACUCCUUAACCAUUCGAAAGUAAGGAUUGAGAUUGCUUGUGACCCAUUCCUUCGAAGAAACAUCAAAAAAUGCUAAUAGUAAACAAGGAAUGUUGAGGAGGUGGAAGCGAUGAAGACGUAAAGAUUCAAGAGAAGAUGAAGAACGAAGCUCAACAUCAUGGUCACAACAUGAUAAAGUAGAGAAGAUGAAAAUCAAAGCGAGUGCCUCUCUGUUGAGUGCUAGGCUCACAUAUAAUCGGCACCUACGUAUAGCCUGUAACACGCUACGUAUAAAAAUAUAAGAACCUUUGUUUUCUGCAUAAUGGAUGACGGGUCGG